CCUCGGUUGAUGGGCGUUUGGGAGGUUUCCAAGACCUAGCUAUUACAAAUUGUGCCGCUAUAAACACGGAUGCACAUACAUCCUGUUGUUUGGGUGUUUAGUAGAGUCAGCUCCAAGCUGUGUGCCACUAUUCUCCAAUUCAAGUUUGGAAACGUGUCAGCGUAGAAGCUGCUUCGCGCCCACGCCUCCCUCAGUGCCGCCUCGAGCUCGGCUGCCGGGCGAGGCUGGGCGGGGCGGGCCAGGCCCACGCGCAAAGCUCAGGAAGCCUCCGCUCCACAAGGAACGGAGCUCUCAGUGCUGCUCUCCAGGUGCCCGGCAUCAGCCACAAUACCGGGUCGCCACGCGAGGGCACGCAAAGGCUAGGACGCCACGGCGCACGCGCCGCGCGCUGCACUCGCCCCCUCUCGCCCCGGCCCCUUCCGGCUGCGUGGCGCAUGCGCGGGCUGGCCGGCAGUGCUCUCAAAUGGACCCAGGUGUCUGGAUGGAGACCUGGCUGGGGGGAGGAGGACACUCCUGGCAAGAGGCGCAUGGGACAGCUCUGUUGAGCCGACGUGGGACAGCACCAUGGAAAGGAGACCCGCGGAAAGCAGGCAAGGCCUCACCCACAGAGAAGUGCCCCGUGCGCUUGGGCUGCUGCUCACCAUGGCCCUCAUGAAUGCUCUUCUUUACCUCUGCCUCGACCAGUUUGUCAGUUCCCCUCGACGCGCCAGUGAGGGCCCUAGGCCCUGUCCCUACGGUUACUUCAGAAUGGGACAGAUGAGAAACUGCUCGCCCUGGCUGUCCUGCCAGGAGCUGAGAGCAGAAGUGAGGCAGUUAAAGUGCGUUGGGGAAGGAGCUGUGAAGAGAGUGUUUCUGUCAGAAUGGAAAGAACGCAAAGUUGCUCUCUCACGGCUCACCAGUCUAGAGAUGAAGGCCGAUUUUCUCCAUGGACUGCAGAUGCUGAAAUCUUUGCAAAGCAAACACAUUGUCACAUUGCUUGGCUACUGUGAGGAGGACAAUACUAUUCUUACUGAGUAUCACCCCUUAGGUUCCUUGAGCAAUCUGGAAGAAACACUCAAUCUUUCCAAGUACCAAAAUGUGAACACAUGGCAACAUAGGCUGCAGCUGGCCAUGGAUUAUGUUGGUAUCAUUAACUACCUGCAUCGCAGCCCCCUGGGCACGCUUGUCAUGUGUGACUCUAACGACCUGCCCAAGACGCUGUCACAGUACCUGCUGACAAGUAACUUCAGCAUCGUGGCAAAUGACUUGGAUGCCUUGCCCUUGGUGAACCACAGCGCUGGGGUGUUUGUGAAGUGUGGCCACAGGGAGCUUCAUGGGGAUUUUGUGGCCCCAGAGCAGUUAUGGCCCUAUGGAGAGCACGUGCCUUUCCAUGACGACCUCAUGCCCUCCUAUGAUGAGAAGAUAGAUAUCUGGAAAAUCCCGGAUGUCUCCAGUUUCCUUUUGGGGCACGUUGAAGGGAGUGAUAUGGUUCGAUUCCAUUUAUUUGAUAUUCAUAAGGCCUGUAAGAGCCAAAUUCCUGCAGAAAGACCCACCGCACGGGAUAUUCUGGACACUUACCAGAAGGUUUUAAAUUCUCUUGGAGGUCCCGUGCCAUCCCAGACCAGAGAAAUGCUCUAAAAACCAGUGCAGUCCUGGAGGGCUAGGGUUGAAGGACCAAAUGAAGUCCCUGCAGUCUUGCUGUGAGGGAGGCGGUUUUUGCUUGGACUUCGUGUUUUGCUGUCUCAGCCAUGUGGUUUGUACUCUGCAUCCACCUGCGGGUUUGAGUGCAGCGUGGAGCAGUUACAAAGCAAGAGAAGACCAGGGCGGCUUUCAUCCGAUUUUUUCUUUCUGAAGCCGCUUACUUCCUGGUGAAGAUGCAGAGAAGCAGUAAAUCUACCCAAUAUUUGAAGAAAGUAAUAAAAAUGUAACUGUAAAGAGACUUCAUCUACCCAAACAGUUGAAUUUCUAAUAUGUUUAUGAGAAAUGUAUAGAGAAGUUGUUUUUCUUAUUUUUAUGAGUAUGUGUACAUAAUUAGUACAUAAUUACUGCACUCACCAGGAGGAAUUAGUAUGUGGACAUAAGACAUCUCAUGUCCCCUCCUCAUGUCAUCCUUCCCUCCCACCAUCUCUUGAUUCCCUUCCCUUGUUUGUAAGAAAUCUAUCUCCUUGCUUGCUGGUAUCUUUUAUUUUUGCUCUUUAUUUAUACUUUGGGUGUUUCAUAAAAGACAAGCCAUAUAAACUUUAGUAUCUUUUUUUCACAUUAUGGUGUCAAAGUGCUUCCAUUUUCCUACAGGUAACUCAAGUUUAUCCUCCUUUAUAGCAGAGUAGUACUUCAUUGUGUACAAGACC